CUUUUUUUUUUUUUUUUUUUUUUUUUUACCUCCCUCGUCGACGCCCCUUAUUCCUUUGCCUUCCGACCGAGUCUCUAACCAGCCACCGCGCAGCCUUUCUCUCUCACCAUCGUCGACCCCGCGCUUUUCUUUCUCGACAUCGGCACUCCCCGAAGAGGAGUUCUGUGACCAGGCACCAUGAGCUUCGGCCAGUUUGACUCGCUAUGCCGGAAGGCAGCGAUUCCUUUAUGCUCACUAGUCGGCUCGUCCUCGUUGUCCGGUACAAAAGGGAUUUUGCCAAGUUGCUACGCAAGGAAUAUUGAGGUUGCCAACACCAUUAUCUUCCAGGGCGCCACAGAUGUCAUGCACAUUGUAGCUCUGGCCAUGACUGCGAUUAUGAUCAUUCAUGUACGAUCAAAGUUCACUGCUGUCGGACGCAAGGAGAUAAUUACAUUUUUCUACAUCUAUAUGGCAUUGACGAUAUGCUCUCUGGUCUUGGAUUCCGGUGUCGCACCCCCUGGAAACGCCGUCUUCCCGUUCUUCGCUGCAGUUCAGAAUGGUUUUGCCUCCGCCCUCUGCACUUGUUUGCUGGUCAACGGAUUCGUAGGGUUCCAGCUCUAUGAGGAUGGAACCGCCCUUUCGGUUUGGCUUCUACGACUCUCCUCUCUUGGGAUGUUCUUAAUUUCGGGCGCCGUUUCACUCCUAACCUUCAAGUCCUGGGCCGGACUUUCUCCAUCAAACACCAUCGGCCUUUUUGUUGUCGUCUACAUUCUCAACGCCAUAUGCUUGUUUGUAUAUGUGGUCAUGCAGAUCAUCUUGGUUGUGAAUACACUCCAAGAUCGUUGGCCGCUCUGGCACAUUACCUUUGGUGUAUUCUUUUUUAUUAUAGGCCAAGUCAUACUCUACUCUUUCAGCGCUGUUAUCUGUGAGAGUGUUCAGCAUUAUUUGGAUGGCCUGUUUUUCGCAACUCUAUGCAACCUUCUUGCCGUCAUGAUGAUCUAUAAGUACUGGGAUUCGAUUACCAAAGAAGAUCUCGAGUUCUCCGUCGGCUUAAAGCAGAACAACUGGGAGGUCAAAGAGCUCCUUCCUGAAGAGGAACGCAGGGCCACUGUAUACCUCGAUACCAAUUCAGAAUACGCGGGCAGUGUGUACCACCAUCGCUCAUCCACUUAUGGCGGACAAUCGAAUUAUUAGAUCCACCACUUUCGUUCGACUUCCCCCCACCUUUCUUAGCGCGCCGGAUGUAUAGUGCUUACCGCACAUAGAGCACCUAUAAUUUGGCUCACGCGACUUUUCGUAUAAGCUGAUACCUCUCAAAUCUCUUCCCCCCUCUUUGCCCAUGUCUUAUUCUUCACCCUUAUUAUCCCGCUAAGAUUUUGUGAUGAAUCUCCUUUGUGGCGUUUUGAUGUUACAUGGCUUCUUUCCCCGGCGCACAUUGGUCUAGUCUUCAAUCUUACUCCAAGCGUUGUUUUCUUGCACAUAGUCUUCACGAGUCGAGUGUCAUAUUUUCCCUUUUAUAUUAAUUUUAAUAGAUAAUUGCGCUCUAAAUAUUAUAUCCUUUGGUCUAUGGAAGAUGCGUUUUCCCAUAUAA